UCAAAGUCACACCACCAGACUGCCAUAAAGUAAGCAGCAGGAUGGUCCUCUGUGCACUGAGGCAACAGGUGCUGAGGAGCAGCAGUCACUGUGGAGCCUGGGCCAGGCCGCUGCAGAGACAGAGCAGCGGCUGGGUUUACUCCAGCAUCCACGGCUUCAACCAGGCUGAGAUCAAAGAGAAGCUGCAGGCCUUUCCUGGAGGCUCCAUUGAUCUGUUGAAACAGGACUCUGGCAUAGCUGUGCUGACCAUCAACCACCCGUCCCGCAUGAACGCUUUCUCUGGCAGUAUGAUGGUAGAUCUGGAGGAGAGGGUGAGCCAGCUGGAGAACUGGCCAGAGGGCAAAGGCAUCAUUGUUCAGGGCGCUGCUGAAACUUUCUGCUCUGGAUCGGACCUCAACGCUGUCCGGGCAAUAUCUAACCAACAGGAUGGGAUGAGGAUGUGUAUGUUCAUGCAAAAUGCUCUUACAAGGUUGCUCAGGCUCCCCCUCAUCUCUGUUGCUCUGGUGGAAGGGAGAGCAUUGGGAGGAGGUGCGGAACUCACCACUGCUUGCGAUUUCAGAUUAAUGGCAGCAGGCAGCGUGAUCCAGUUUGUCCAUAAGCACAUGGGUCUGGUCCCAGGCUGGGGCGGUGCUGCCCGACUCGUCCGCUUGGUUGGAAGCCAGAAUGCACUCAAGCUGCUUGGCGGAGCUGUAAAAGUGGAUCCUGAGCUUGGCGUGGACAUCGGACUAGUGGAUGGAAUCCUGGAAGGCCACCAGAAAGCAGAAGGUGCAGCCACUCUCCUACAGCAGGCUGAAAAUUGGCUCGGUCGCUACACAAAGGGACCUGCCCCAGUGAUCCAAGCUGUGAAGAAGGUGGUGUUGUCAGGCAGAGAGCUCCCUCUGUCAGAGGCUCUGAGGACUGAGAAGGACGUAUUUGGGAUGGUGUGGGGUGCUCCGGCUAACCUGGAGGCUCUGGCUAGCAAGUCCAAACACAAAUGACCUUUAUGGGUAAACAGAUGUACUUUAUUAGUUCUCAUUGAGGACUUUGUUUAGUUUCAGUUACUACUAGAUACAUCAUUGCUGGAAUCCACUGAUAAUGAGAGACGAGUCAUUGCGCAGUGCUGUGGUUCUGAUUCAUGCUGCAUCUCUAUGACCUUAGACCUACAGGUAUACAGAAUGUCCAGGUACAGUAAGUAACUAAAAAUCUGGAUUGUGCAUUUGCCUUGUCACAAAGAAAUCCAGCGUCUGUGGUGCAGUGUCAAGUAACUUGAAUGAAUGCUUCAUUUACACUGUGUAGACUGAAAUUAUUUGGGAUUUCUUUUGUUUAGAUCAAGCUCCUUGAUAACAGUGAAGAUGCUGUAUUAUCCUGUGGUAUUAUGAAGUUAGACUUUUCUUAACCCUUCCUGUCCCGAUCCAAAAGACAAACAAUCUAUCCUCCAACUUUCCUGACUGUGUGAUUAUGGUAAUGAUUAGAUCACUCCAGGCUGAUUCAAACCAAAGCAGGCAAGACAGUGAUGAGGCCUAAUCAGCAUCUUCCUGCAGGACAGAGAAAUGCUGCAGCUGUCUUUCCUCUUUUACCUGCCUUUGUAGGUUACAUCAGCUGAUCUUUCAGAUUUCCUCAGUGCUCAUGUCAUUAUCACCUUGAUCGUCCACUUUUUGAUUUUGUAAUAUUAGGAAAUGCUUGGUUUUAAGAAUGUUUUCUGAGUGGUUAACACUGCUUUGCUCAACAGCUUUCGAAUCUAUAUUAAGAACGUUGGAAGAUUCUGAAGCCCUGGGCCAAAUUAGGCAUUUCACCUAUACACAGGCAAUAUCAUGAGUUGUAGACCCCCCCCCAGCCUCAGUGUGUAGUUCAUUUUUCAGUAACCCACAGAGCAAAUUAGGCUCUGCAAAAGCACAAUGUUCACAGACUGCAAUGGCAAGAAAAAGGACAGGUCCCUGGGGGUUGCAAAGCUUGUAUCCCCUGUUCCCCAUCCAAAGGUCAUGUUUCCUGGCAAGACAACCAGAUGGAGUGUUAAUAUCCGCUGUGGUCAGAAUAUCAAACACCAUGAAGGUGAGUGAAGGGAAGUCAGAUACUUGGUGUGCAGAAAACGUGGAUGAAAUGUUACUUAAAAUGGGCCCAUUGAUUGCAGUGCUUUUAAAGUCAAGCUAGAUACAUUUUCCCUGAAAACUAAAAUGACACGCACUGUAUCACAGAGUCAAAUGAGAAGACAAAACAACAAAAGAGAACCCCCAAGGAGAG